AUGUUCAGGAAGCUCCGCGAUGAUCACGAGCGCGGCGGACGAGAAAUACUCUACGAAUAUGACGCGAAGAGCUACGUUAAGAGCAGAGAGGUACAGGAGCUAGAGUGGAACGGACGAGAAAUUCGAAACGCCUUCCAAACCGCCGUCGCCCUAGCGGUCUUUGAAGCCAAGAAGGACAAGAGUAGAAAGCCACCAAAGGUGACUGAGGGCCGCCUCAGGCAAGUCGUGCAGAUGUCUUCGGCUUUCCGCAAAUACAUGACUGCUGCGCAUAACGGCAUGGACGAAUCAACAUGGGCUUUCAGACAUGGGAAUCGUGAGGACAAGUUUCCAAGCACACCAGCGAAGACUGCGACUUGA